UUUGUAACCAAGCAGACAUCAUUGCGCUGCAGGAAACGUGGCUAUUGCAGCACGAUAUCCCUAUGCUGGGCAACAUUGAUGGUGCAUUCGCCUUCACUGGAAAGUCGGCGGUAGACCUGUCUACGGGUGUGCUUCGCGGCAGACCGUACGGGGGUGUGGCCCUAUUGUGGCGAUCAGCUGUGUUCCCGAAGGUGGUCGUUAUUCCGUGCAGUAGUGUGCGUAUCGCUGCUAUAAAAAUUAUGCGUGAAAACCGGUCUUUGUUGGUGAUAACAGUGUACAUGCCUACUAAUUCAAAUGAUAAUCUAUGUGAAUUUACGGAGUGCUUAAGUGAACUAAACGCCAUUAUUGAAGGUAACGAUGUUAACUCAGUGAUUAUACUUGGGGACUUCAACGCUCAUCCGGGUAAGCUGUUUCAUUCAGAGUUGUUAUCAUUUUGCACGGAACAAUCUUGGUCGUGCGUAGAUACGGAACUUUUACCUAAUGACACUUAUACGUAUGUGUGCGGUGCGAGUGGCAGCCACAGCUGGCUCGAUCAUUGUGUGGUGACGAGCGCUGCGCGUUCGGCCAUAUUAAGUGCGUCUGUACUUAACAGCGAUGUAUAUUGGUCCGAUCAUUAUCCGCUAUUGCUUGUUUGUAAUUUUAAUGCUAUCCGCUCAAGUUGCCAACAGCCGACAAAAACAAGUAAUAUAUCUCGCAAUAGUGUAAAAUGGGGAGAAAGAAAUACAAAUCAAAUAGACAAAUAUCAUCGUAUUUGUAAUUCUAAAUUAAAGUUAAUUGACUUUCCCCCGGAAUUUCAAUGUUGUGCUGACGGUAUGUGUAAUAUUGACGAGCAUAAAUUUUUAUUAGAUGACAUGUAUAAUAAGAUAAUUAAUAUUUUGACGAGGGCUGCAAAAGCUAGCUAUUCUUUGCCUAAAAGUAACAACUAUAGGUAUGUUACUGGCUGGAACCGGUAUGUCAGUGACGCUCACAGGAGGGCUCGAUUUUGUUUUCAGACGUGGGUGUCCGCUGGGAAACCAAAGUCUGGUGAUUUAUAUAUUAGGAUGUGUGAAUCCAGAAAAAUGUUUAAAUCAAGGUUGGCUUCUUGUCAGAAAAAUGAAAAACAAAUAAAAAUGAAUAUUAUAGCAGAAAACCAUUUUAAUAAAGACUUUAGUAGUUUUUGGAAAAACACUAAAAAGCUAAGCCCGGGGUCGGGCCUUCCUGCUAGCGUUGGUGGUGAGCAUGACCCCCAUGAUAUAGCUUGUGCGUUCCGGCGGCAUUUCAGGGUUGAGUCCCCGCUCGGGCCGGCGUCUGGGGUGCCCGCUGCUGAGAAUCUCAUCACCGCAAUUAGUGUACGAUGUAAUGCGAAGACAAUUGCUAAUAUUAUUAAUAAAAUGGUGAGGGGCAAGUCUCCUGGUCACGAUGAUCUCAGCAUCGAGCACCUUAAGUAUGCGGGAAUACACCUGCCUAGAGUUCUCUCGAUGUUCUUCAGCCUCUGUAUUGGUCACAGUUACUUACCCGAGAGACUUAUGUACACUACCGUGGUGCCGAUCCUUAAGAAUAAAACAGGUGACUCAUCGGAUCUGUCAAAUUAUAGACCUAUCUCUCUGGCUACUGUUAUAGCAAAGGUGCUGGACAGUUUGCUUGAUAAACAGUUGGAAGAGCAUCUACAAUUACACGACGCCCAGUUUGGAUUUAGACCAGGACUUUCAACUGAGGAUGCUAUCCUCUGCCUCAAGCAGACUGUUCAGUAUUAUACUGAUCGUGGCACACCUGUCUAUGCAUGUUACCUUGAUUUAUCAAAAGCUUUUGACUUGGUGUGUUACGACAAGCUGUGGCAGAAGCUGGAGAGUGACACGGAGGUACCUCGGGAGGUGAUUUCAUUGCUGAGGUUCUGGUACGCCAAUCAGCGCAACAGAGUGAGAUGGGCUGGUGCACAUUCUGAUGUAUACGGUUUGGAAUGCGGAGUUAGGCAGGGGGGAAUUAGCUCCCCUCAUCUCUUUAAUUUGUACAUGAACCGGCUCAUCGGUGAGCUCAGUAACACUGGUAUCGGAUGUUCCAUAGACGGAGUCAGUAUAAAUAACAUAAGCUACGCCGAUGAUAUGGUGUUACUGAGCCCAUCGAUUGCAGCGUUACGGAAAUUGAUGUGCAUCUGCCAAUCAUACGCGGAAGCCCAUGGGCUCAGAUACAACGCGAAUAAGAGUGAGUUCAUGGUGUUCAAGUCACGUAGCAAAUGCUACUCCCAUGUUCCUCAUGUAACUCUGUGCGGCAUGCGUCUAAAAAAGGUUAGUGCCUUUAAGUAUCUGGGUCACUGGGUGACUGAAGACUUGUGUGACAAUGAGGACAUCGAGAGGGAACGCAGGGCUCUGUCCAUCCGGUGUAAUAUGUUGGCUCGCAGGUUUGCACGUUGUACUACUCAAGUAAAGAUAACAUUAUUCAAGGCGUACUGCCAGACCUUUUACACGUGCAGCUUGUGGACUAAUUUUGCGCUGCGGGGGUACAGUGCACUGCGAGUGCAGUAUAACAAUGCGUUUAGGAUAUUAUUGGGGCUGCCACGUUUUUGUAGUGCUUCCGCUAUGUUUGCUGAGGCGCAAACUGAUGAUUUUUUCGCCAUAAUCAGGAAAAGGUGCGCCUCGCUGUUAAGGCGUGUGCGUGGCAGCCCGAAUGGUAUUCUGAGCACAUUGUCCCAGCGGUGGGACUCACCAAUGUUGAUGAGGUGGAUGCGAUUGCACGCGAGCGGUCCCUCAUAUUUAUAAUUGACAUAACUAUAUUAUUUACUUGUAUUAUUAUCUAUUGACUAGUAUUUUUAUUGACUUAUAUUAUU